CGCUGCAAGACUCGGGCAACACAAGGAGCAAAGAGGGAGAUGUUGGAGGAAAAAGGCUGUUUUAAGAUGAUUAUUAUCCGAGUUUUCCGUGUAAAGGACAAGUUAGCUCGUUUUUAUUAGCAAAGAAACACCGAGGUUAGAAAAUAAACCUGUUGAUAAUGUUUGAAACUGUAUAACUGUAAACGUUAACCCAACUGGAACUAAAAACUGAAAUAAUCAAAUGAAACGACCAUGUUUACGUUGCUUUUGCGGCUAAAAUAAGAAGUUCCUUGAAAUUGGGGGAAAUGGAUUCAGGAAAAGUUGUGCUCAGAAGAAACCUUCCUGUAAUCAGACCAGGAGCAUCUUAUAAGAACCAACACAUUCAUGAGAUAAGCGCUAAAAGUCUUGAUCUCAGUAAAGCGGUUCGUCUUCUUGAGGAUCCCUUGACAGCUAACCUGAAGGAGAGGCACCUUUUUGUACUGAAGAAACUUCUGAAGAGAAGCCAAAUUGGCUUUCAUUUGAAGGAGCUGACAGGCAUCGCCAAAAUACUCAACAUCUGUGCAGAGAAAGUGAAGGAUCACCCUGAAUAUGUGCCCAUUUUGUGUGAUGCCCUUAAAAUUUGUAGGCUUCCCUUCCUGAAGGAGAAAGCAUCUGAUGAGCUGAACUACGCUCAGGACGUUAUAGAGUUCUUCUCUCACAUGGGGUGUCUGAUGAGGGUGUCAGAUGCUGAAGUGAGACAACAGAUAGUUGAGUCUGUGAAAUCAUUCUACAGCUGUGUGACUCGUAAACAGCUGCUCGAUGGUCUCCAGCCAACCUCUCCAGGCUACAGGCUGCAGCUGCUGGAGCGCAGUGACCUGGCUCAGUCGUUGCUCCUCUCCAUGUCUGCUCUGGAGAACCAGCCCACCAUUAAGCUGCAGCUCCUGCAGACACUUCAGAUCCUCUCCAGCUCCUCUGAUUUGAACUGUGUGUUAAUACUGAAUGCACGAGGAGCAGAGACGAUCUGUCUCCACAUGAACGAACCAGACCAGUCCGGUCAGGUCCUGUUCUGCUCCUCCGAAAUCCUCUGGAACCUGCUGGAGAGAGGCAGCAAAAAGGAGGUCACUGCUCAGCUCAGCAACAUGGAGUGUGUCGUAUCUCUGAAAGAAGCGUUUCUUCAUCAGCUUAUGAACGGUUUCCGACAUUCUGACCUCCAGCUCAGAAAUGAUCUGCUUGUGAUUACGACUCUCAUUGCUGAAAAUCCCAACUCUCUGCUUAUUGAGAGUUUAUUUGCCAAACAGCUUAUAGCUUUCGUCACAUUUCCAGAGAUGAAAAGUCACAACCCUUUGGUUCGCAACCUAAAGCUGAACUUCAGUAACGAAGACUUGAAAAUGAAGAAGUUGCUGUUGAAUCUGUUGGUUAUAAUGUCGAAGGACUUAGCUGCCCUGCAGCUUUAUAAAGAAGAAAGAGUUAUGCUUGCUCUGCUGACGCUCAUGAAGUCGCCUGUUGCCUCAUCUGAGCGCCGGUCAGGUUCACGUCACUGGUCCUCCAUCCAGCAGGAGGAGCUCCAGCUGCAGGCGCUGGCCACCCUGGCCACUGUCGCUCCGCUCAUGUUGGAUGACUACAUGUCCUGUCAGGGAAAUGCGUGUCUACUGCUCCUGUUGGACUGGUGCGUCCGGCAAGAUUCUUACUUUGGUCAGGGUCACAGCUUUCACGGCACAGGAGGAAGAAGCAGUAAGAAAGCUCAGAUGCGUCAUUGUAUCAGAGUUAUGAGAUCUGUGACGUCUAUAGGUGAAGACUCAGUCAACCAGGACCUUUGUGAUCAAGGAACCAUCAACCAGCUCUUAGGUAUUUUGAUGCAGAUGGAAGCAAGUCCAGAUGAGGAGGAUGUCGUCACCCUGGAGAUAAAGUCAGACAUUCAACUGAUACUUUCAGCACUGUGUGAGACUGACAUGCACAGAAAGGAACUGUUUGGCUCAGAAGGAGUUGAGAUGGCCGUUCACUUCCUGAGGAAAGGCGCCAACAAGUUCUACAGCGGUCUGGGACACAACAAGCUCAUCCUUACUACAGUGGACUGUGUGUGGUCCUGUAUUGUAGGCUGCUACACCACAGAAGAUUAUUUUUUGGCCAAAGAGGGAGCGUAUCUUCUGUUGGAUCUACUCAAUUCAAGCCCCAGAUGCAUACACUCCAUCGUCCUUGCCACCCUGCUGGAGUUAUGUGACAACCCAAACACAAUGUCUCACAUCCUGAGCUGGAAAGAUGACGGCGGUCAGACAGCUCCCAGACUCCUGCUGCAGCUGUGGAGGGAGGAGGAGGAGGAGCUGAAAGUCAGCCGAAACCAAUACGGCGGGAUCGCAGAUCCCCAGAAGCCCAUCCUCAGUCUUUACCAGCAGGGGGACACCCAGCUGCCAUUUCCUGCCCACAUACCGAGUGCAGCAGUGCUGGAGAUAUCAGAGAACCUGCGGUCAAAGAUUUACUCCAUCUUCUGCAAACUUGGUUUUCAAGACCUUCCUGGAUUGUCAAGAAAAGAUUAUGUGACCUUGAGCAUCGUCAGGAGAUAUCUGGACUUCAAGGUCGGUGAGGUGUGGGAAGAGAUCAGCAGGGAGCUGAGUUUGGAUGGCGUGAGGCCGAUCACCCCUGAUGAGGAGGCUCUGAGUACUAUCUUGAAGAUUGCAGAGGACACAGCGAGGAGGGUCUCAGCAGAACAAAACAGCAUCCUGGAGCAGCAGGAGAAGGAGGACAUCAGCGAGGAGGAGCUCAUGUACACAGAGAUUAAGUCUCAUUGGAAGCAACGGGAGCUCACAGCCAAGUUAUGGGACAGUUACGUUUCAAAGACUUCAAACUAUGAAGUCCUGAAGGAAGUAAAAGCACGGAGGGAGAAAUACAUUGAAUCAUCCAGAACCAAACCAAAGCAUGAGGAUGCUGCAGUUCAUCAUACAGAGCAUUUCAUCGGGCAGGUCCUGUCUGUAGAGCGCACAGAUAGUCAGGGGCCUGCAGGAGUGAAACUGACCCUGGCCAGAGCUCCCAUCGAGGCUGCAUGUCAGGACGAAGUGGGACCCACAACACAGGACCCAGAAUACUUUAGCACCAUAUCUAUAAAAGACUGAUGACAGGAAAGAUAAUGAUUUACUGCAACACAAAAUACAAACAGUACAUUUUAACAGACCAAACAUUAACAUGUUUAUUAUGAAUAGUUGUUUAUUUCUAAAAGAAGUAUUUUAUUUGACUUUUGCAGCAAAUGCAGACAUGAGGUCACUUGUUGUGCACAAUCAGCACCUUGUAGUCUAAUCCACCACCAAUCCCCUUAUAUAGACAAACACACACAGUGUAGUAAACUGACUGGUCUUUGUGGCCUCUCAAAUCUUGUGUCAGCAUGUCUGAUGCACAUUACAACUGUUAAAUUCAUGUGUAUUAAAUAAAUAAAACAACAUAAGCAUUACAUGAAAGUGUUUUGGAUGGAAAAUGUAGUUAACAUGAAAAUUGGUUAAAGAAUUAAACCUUUUGUCCACAGAAUUCAGAUUUUUAGAUAUGUUUCUAUGGCGCAAUUAUCCAACAUGCUUCAUUUAUACAACCAACAGAGCAACAUGAACAGUAAGACCUUGAACAGUCAAUGUAGCAUCAUGGGAACUGACGCCUUAUCAAAAAACAACCACUAAAUUACUUUAACAUUAAAAAGUCCAGUAAAAGUUAAGGUUUAUGUCAAAGCCUGCAGCUCAGUGUCCAUUUAGGACUAACAAUAUUUUCUCUUUAGUGUUUUUGAGUUACAUAAGUUGCUGCAGCGCAUUAACACACAUGUUCCUUCAAGCGUGCAACAUGCUGCACACAGCCCCUUCUUCUUCUUCUCUCUGCUCUCACCCUUUUUACUGGCUGGAUGGAGCUUUUCAUGCAGCUUUGUGAGUGUGUGUGACUGUGAGUGUGUGUUGAGCUGGACUGAGCCCCUCAGACUGGGAUGUUCACACUGCACAAAAGAGCGAGGACACGCCUCUUCAGUAUGGCAGGCUGCCACUGUUUGUUCAGGCUGCUGAGGGGCUUCACAUGCAGCCUGUCUGUCUACGGGUACUGAGCUGCUGAUGAAGGUGAUGGUGAGCGAGGGUGCUGCUUUUGGAUUCUUGCUGGGUGCUCAUCAUCUCCCUGAGGACCAGUUAACUUCAAACUGAAAGUUGUUGUCUCGUCUGAGAAGCUCCAGCAGCAGAAAUGAUCAUCAGACUGGGAAGACUGACACCCGGAUACUUCCGUCUCCUCCAGAGGCAGGUCUCAGGUGAGGUCCGGAUACAGCCACAGAGCAGCCUCAUCGAUCCCAUUGCCAUAACGAUGGCCACAGUGGGGAUGGGAGUGUCUCUGUACAGCACCAGGCAGAUGGCAGAGCGAGUCCAUCUGAAGCAUCCAAACGCCUGAGAUCAAUGAGAAACACUCAGCCGCAGACCGACGCCGCCUGACAGAGCGGCUCUGUGGGUCGUUUGUGUGACAGAAUGUUUGUUUGUGGAUGUUGGAGAAGGUUUGAGAUGGAAGAGGUUGAGAGAGUCACUGUGUUUGUGGUGUUUGCUUGAAGGAAAAUCUAAGUGUCCCAGGAGUAAAAUGAGAGUCAUUGUUCAGACCCAGCAGGAAGAUUUGUCAUUUGUUCAAACUAUUUACACUAGCUGUGCAAUCACAACAUUCAUAAUGCAAAUACAAGUGUAGUUUGACCAGUCUGCACUUUUCUUCACUGAGUGUAUUUUAAUGCAAUAAAUGAGCGUAUCAUCUGUCAACAGGGAUCCCAGCAGCCAUUAUUAUUUCCUGCAUUUUAUAGUCAACUAACACAAAAAAAGGUUUAAUAAAAAUAACCACAGAAAAUCUAAUAAAAUAAUUAUGGUGAAAAUUCAAUCAGCAUACAAGCUUAUUGUAUUUAUUGAUAUUAGUCACAAACACAUUUCCUACAAAAUAUUUCACUACAUUCAUUAGUAUGUUGUACUUAAGCACCUUUCACCCUUUGAUUAUAAUAUUUAUGCUGUUUUCAUCAACAUCUUCAGUUUGCUAAAUUUAAAUGUCAUGUUUGUUCUAGAAUUGAAUAAAAGAAAAUGUCUGCAAAUGUAAAAUCCCACUAAAGGACUCACAUGAUUUACUUUGUAUAGUUACAAGUUUGGUAACUUGAUGUAAAUCUUAAAUAAAUAUGUUCACAGUUUGUGUGCAGACUUCUA